AUGAUGAAGAUCAUAUCCAAAGGAGCGAAUCUCUCUCAAGUGUACACCAAUCAUUCCGUCCGGGCUUCAGCAAUAACCGUGCUUUCCGAUGCGAAUGUCAGGGCACCCAACGACAAUUUUCGGAAGAAUAUCUGUUCGGAAGACGAUUUGAGAUCUAGAAUUUUCGGAACAUUUGCUGUAAAAUUUCUUGCUUGCCUACCUCUCCUAGGAUUUUCGAACAUCAAAAAAAUGGUAUAAUUGCCUAUUUUUAACUGAUUUUUACCCCAAAAAGGUCACCUAGAAUUUUCGGGAGCCUUUUUUCUGGCUGAAAUUUUCGAAAAGGUAAAUUUUGAUCGCUAAAAUUUUUGGAUCACUAGACUUUCAGCUAGGAAAUCCGAACAGAUGAAAAAUUUUUAGGGGAUAAAAAUAUGCCUAUAUCUACCGUUUAAAUACUAAAAUACGCUUAACAGUGCUAUGUUUAAGUGGUUUUGAACUAUAUUCUCGUUGGGUGCCCCUGGAAUGUACCCGACCGCCAUAUAAUGUUCGUCUCCGGGCGUAGCAGCGAGCAAAGCAUCUCACACUACAGCGCCAGGCCAUCGGCACCUCAGCUGGAAAGUGUAUCCGACACAAUCUCCAAUGCUCUUCAGUACAACCAAACUCAAAGUACACAAAUUUCUACCGUUUCCAGCACUCCAUCAGCUACACCAUUAAUUGAAAGCUUGAAUCGCAUGGCUUCCAGUGUGUCAAUGUCGUCCGCAUCAGCAAGCUUCCCGAGCGGUUUUUUCAACAACUGCAAUAUUCAAGGCCGUGUGCAAGUGUUCUUCGGGCUUCAGAGCCGCUCUGAUGGGCAUAACUGA